AAACAAUAAACGUCAUUCAUCCCAACAAACGCAUUUCAAUUUUAUUUGAAACAAUUGUUAGAUUUUAAAUUAUUAAUUGUGCAAGUGUAGUUAAUUAUGUGGUGAAAAGUAAUAACACCUUUUAUCAAAAUAUCUGAAUAUGUUUUUAUGACAUAAUUUUAAGGGACGAGAUGUCGAAGGCUGUUGUAAUACCCGAGUGUACAAAGAAUAUACGGGAUUUGAACGAGGGGCUAUCUAUAUCCCCAACUGACAAAAAGCACGGUACACUUGGUUUGUUUAGUAGAUUAUUACGUUUGGAUUCGCUAAGAAGAGGCGAGGGAGAGACUAGUGUAUCUGGGAGUCCAACUUCAUCAGAACCCCCAAGUACCUACUAUGGUGUGUACAUCCCCUGUGAAAUUAAAAAAGGACCAGAUGAAGAAGCUCUGCAUGUAUAUAAGAAUAAAGCGGAGGCAUUAGAACUGGUUCGACGUUACAAACUAGCCAGGUUUAAGGCUUUUCAUAACCGCCACGAUGCUGUCUCAUUUGCUUUGCGGGGUGCAGAGCCUGUGGAUACACAUGAUGGAAAUGACAAUUCCCUUAUGGGAGAGAAGCCGUACCCUUUCAAGGCGCCGUCGCCCCAGGACAUGGUGGCCCUCCGGAAGGCCAUCGAGGCUGGUCUCACGGCCACGGUCAGCGAACGAGUCUGGGACAAUCCGCGCUUUCUAGUCAGCAGCGGGAACACACCGGCUAUACUACAGGAGGGUUCCCGAUACAACGCUCUGCACGUGGCAGCUAAGUCAAUGAACGCGGAGAUAUGCAACCUGAUUUUGAAUACGGUUGGCAACCCAGUCUUCGUGCAGACAUUGUACGGCUCUGAUGCUGACGCGGAGUCCUGUAAGGAGUUCGCUUCGAUCCUAGUAGACAGGUAUCUCAACACUCCCGACAAAGCGAUGAACGAGACCCCGCUACACUUCGCGGCUAAGUUUGGAGCAGAAGAAGCGGUAGAUGUGCUCACUUCAUUCCCUCAGUGCAAUCGGCAAGCGGUCAACAAGUAUGGCGAACAACCGAAACAUGUGAUCUGCAAACGCGCUACCAACUCAUCCCCCGAGGUCGUGGACCGCAUAGGGCUCAUGCUGCGCGACCGGUUCUACGUGCCCGUGCUGCACGCUGAGCAUGAUGCAGCACCGCCCACUAUAGGCUGGCCCUUCACGCCUGCAGCUCCGCCGGAGAUAAACCCGGACCCGUUGAGUCCCCGGUACGAGAUACGCGCGUACGCCGGUCCCAUGCCUGUCUCUGACGCGGAAACCUUCCGGAGACGGUGGAAGACUCCACCCAGAAACCAAGGCCAAAUGCCCCGGGCCUUCCGCCUGCGGGACCUGAGCAAGGGGCUCGAGACUGUGGGCAGGGACUUAGCUGAGCAAAUGAAGAUCGGUUGGAAAGAGUACUGGCCAUUCUUAGACACGUUCACAGAUCUUCGAACUCCCGAGGGUCUAACUCUCCUAGAGAAUUAUCUGAAGACUAAAUACGACAGCGCCUGCUCUUUCGCCUACAACGAUAGUUGUGCUAACUCCCAACCACCCGAUGAAUUGUCAUUAUCAAGAUUAAGCUUUAACACAUCUCAACAAGCGAGUCCUACACAAGACCCAUUAAGUCCCAUGUCGGAAUUGUGCGUUGCGAUGCGAACUUGCAAAUUAACUUCGGAAAGACCCGCACAUUGGAAUCAGAACGAUUGCGUGAGACUCAGACUUUGUAGGCAACCGACGGCAACCAAGCCUGUUGUAACAAACGGGGAUUCCCCAGCGCCAAUGAAUCAUACAGUCAGCCAGCUUUUGUGCAUAGAAAGAACAUGCCAAGUGUUCGCAAAAAGGAUAGCGGAUGCUCUAGUCUUCUCAUUGACAGCUGAGCCGGAAGUCGCUGGGGAUUCGCUGAAAUCGGAAGCGAAACAUUUGCAACAUACCAUGCUCACAUACAUGGACGACGAACGAUUCCAGACCAUAGAUUUCGCUUUGAUACACUCUAGGUUGGCUCAGCUAGUCGUUUUCAAGUUGAAACAGAAGACUAAAGACUUGGACGAUAUCAAUCAUUUGGCGGAGUUUUUGAUUAAACUAAGAUGUCCCAACGAUGAUAUUUUUAGCUCCGACGAUGAAAGGAAACCUGUAUAUUAUAGGGGGACUAAUAGAAUUAAUAUGGCGCAAGUGAUUGACGGUCACGUAAGGUGCCUAGCUAGUUUUAUAUGCGAAGAAUUGACGGAAACGGAUGUGACGAAAGGGCCGGCGAUAUCGGAGAUCGAAUGUGCCGAUAUAUGGUCGAAGGCGUCAAAAUGCAGGUGCGACUGGAAGAUCGAGGCGUUCGAGAGGAACAGCAAGAAGAACGCGUCGUUCAGGAAGAACAGGUCCAGUUUGUUCACGAGUCCGAAGAGCGACAGCUUCAUAAGAAGAUUGUCGUUCGAUCACGAGAUUGGUGACGGCAAGCUUCAGAACAACGUAGCUGAACAAUUGGUCAGCGUGAAUUCACCCGCGGGCGACAGUCAACCGGAACUUUAUACCGUGACAACAGACAAAUGCCAAGUCGUGGCCGCUGAGAUAUCGGACGACGAGUCGGGCGGGUCGAGUCAGUCCGAUGGCGAGGACGCUUAUAUGACCGCGUCCGAAAACGAGGACGAGAACGGAAUGAUGGAGGCCAGCGACCGAGCCAUCGCCGAAACCUUUAUAUACGGCGAAGAGCCCAGUAAGAUGGAUCGCCUUGUAUUCGAUGCGGUGUCCCAGUGUCCCGUGGAUCCUGCACAGUUUCCCAACGUGUAUCGGUGGAGGCAUACCGUGGCCUUGUAUACGCCUGCUGAGAGAGAAGCUUGGCCAACGAUUUCAUCCAACGAGGAUAACUACUCGCCCCGCUCGUUGAACAUCCCUCUAUCUCCGUCGGUAGUGAACUCCCCUUCGUUGGGGAUAUGUCCUUCCCCCGGGGUAUCGACCCCGGAUCGAUGCUCGACGCCCAAACGAGAUAUACGCCAGUCUACGCCGCGAGCAACGCAUACGCCGUUACAGGUGUCAAAUUGGCUGCGCGUGACGGGACCGAAUUCGCCGCGAUCCGCGACGGCAACAAAGAACGCUGACCACAACGUGAGUUUAGGAUUUUAAGUCAACCUAAAAUAUUCAGGCAACACACGAAUCUAUUCUUUAUAACUAUGUUAAUUACAUUUAUAAUCCCGCGUAUUGACUAACUCUUACGACCAUUGACUAUGAAAAUGUUUACUUUAAAUAUAAACACAAUAGUUGCACAAAUAAGAGAUUCCGAUAUUAUGCUAUCCCGGUUUUUGUACUUUAAAACAGAAAGGAACUCAAAAUAUAUUAUCUUUUGACUAUGAAAUAACGUGUUUCUCAGAAAUACUAAGCAUAAUAGUUAACACAACAUAAAGAGAGUCUCCUAUUUUAGUUUCUGCAGAAUGCGUUAUUUUUGCAAUAAAAUAAGUUUUUUUUAAUUAAAUAGUUGUUAAUUAGAUAUUUCAUUAUUUUUUCCACUUGUGACAAUAGGGAGUUUCCUUUGAUUAUGGCGUGGGUACUUUCCUGCGUAGAUUUAGGUGUGUAUUUGCGUUAACACAAUAAAUAGUCCAUGAAUAAAUGUAAAUCCCAAAGUAUGGAUUUAAUAAUUAUACUUACAUUUGUCCAGUAAGUUACAGUCUAAAUUGACCAUAUUUACGGUUAAUGAUAUGUUCUUAUGAUUGGUAAAAGACAAAAAAAUUACGACAUAUUUUAACAAAAUAUCAUCAAGAGCAAUAAAAGCAGGAGUUAUGAAAGAUAAUGUUUUAACUUUAUAAUUAAUCUUUGAUUGUCAUAUCUUUAUAUAUAUAAUUCUUCUGUGAGUGUGUAUGUCACUGAACUUCUCUUAAACGACUGCACCGAUUUUGAUGAAAUUUUUUGUGUGUUCAAGGGGAUCUGAGAAUGGUUUAGAUUCACAAUUUUGUCCGCUGGACAACCCCUAUUUUUUUAGGGCG